AUGCAUCUGCUGCCGGCGCUGCGAAGCUUAAACAGCCGCUCUGAGGUGAAGGAUUGGACUGAAACAGAAGUCUUCUCAGAGGUUUGUGUGGAGACGGUGCGACUCGCAGUGGCCAAACUUCUGCACAAGUUCCAGUCUAUUCUGAAAAUACUGACAGAAGAAGAGAUGAUCAAAAUAAAGAAGUACAAAGAGAAUUUAACUUUUGAUCCGAACACCGCCGGCCGCCAUCUUCACGUGUACAACUUCAACCAAAGCAUAAAGCAUCACAAAAUUCCAACCCAAUCCGUGUCACUCAGCGCAAACCGGUUCCAACUGCCCAUGGUCUUCACAACCAAAGGCUUCAGCCAUGGCCGUCACUACUGGGAGGUCCAGGUUUGCCUCAGAAGCGAUUGGGACGUGGGUGUCGCCAAAGAAGGGGUCUCAAGAGGCAGCGAAAUCCUCGUAAAACCUGCCAACGGAUUCUACGCCAUCACAAAAGAAGGACUUACAUACACUGCGGACAGCUUGUCGUUGAAAGCGCUCCAUUUGGCGCCUAGACCACAUGUGAUCGGGGUGUUUUUGGAUUACGAGGACGGGAGGCUGUCUUUCUACGAUGUUGACAGAAAAAUUCAUAUUCAUUCCUUUGUGGGGGAAAAGUUUACGGAGAAGCUGUUCCCGUAUUUCUACCUGUACAGUAAGGCAAAGAAGUCGAAGCCAAUGGUGCUGCGUACUGUGGCUUACUCUGUGGGUGGGGUGGAAAAUGACGUGAUUAAAAUGGAAGAAGAAGUUGGGGAGAAUACUUCUGUGGGUAUCAGAAGUGAAACAAGAAAAACUCAAGACAAACAACCCAUCUUCCCUCUGCAUCUCCGUGGUGAGCUCAUGUCCAAUAGCCCACAGUGCUGCAUCUGCCUGGAGGCCUGGACCCGCCCCGUGGCCCUUCCCUGUGGACACCUCUUCUGCCUCAGCUGCAUUGGGGAUUAUUGGAGGAUCCAGGGACAAUGUGUGUGUCCUCUGUGCAAAGUCUUCUUCAAAACACGGCCCCAGCUUCAAGUACUAGAAACAAGUUCCUCCAAAUGUGACGGAGAAGAGAAUAGGGAUGGCGGCCCGGUCCCUCUGCGCUCUGGAGAAGUUCCCUGUGACCACUGCUCCUCCGCAGCCCUCAGGUCGUGUGUGUCGUGUCUGUCGUCCUUCUGCCCGCUCCAUCUGCAGCCGCACUACCAGGACGCAGAGCUGGGGCGCCAUCGGCUGGUGGAGGUGGUGAGGAACCUGGACGGGCCCCUGUGCAAAGCUCACGGGAGGAAGCUGGAGCAGUUCUGCCGCACAGACCAGACCUGUCUGUGUACCAUGUGUGCGACCAGCGAACACAGAGGACACCGUGUCGUCACGGUGAAGAGAGAGGCCGCCAGGAAGAAGGCCCAUCUCUCCCGCAGACGGAGCAGAUUGGCCCAGACGAUACAGGAGCGGCUGAUGCAGCUGAAGGAGCUCAGGCUGAACACAGAUGUGCAGAGUAAAGACGUGGUGGUGUCUCUGGAGGAGCAGCUGACGGAGCAACAACAGAGACUGGAGCACAUGGAGCAACUCCUGCAGACAGAGGACAGUCUCAGCUUCAUACAGAGAUUCCUUCUCAUGGCUCCAUUAUGA